AUGGGAGGUCGAAGCUCGAAGAUUGAUUCAUGUUGUUGGAAAUCAUCACACAAUACUACUCUUCUUGAAGCUCCACAUGUUGAAACGCAAGAUAAUAGUGAGGUCACAGAUGUGUCGUCUUUUCGUCAAUACACACUCGAACAGCUUAAGAUCGCCACCUCUGGUUUCGCUUUGGAGAAUGUUGUAUCUGAAGAUGGACAAACAGCUCCAAAUGUUGUCUAUCAAGGGAAAUUAAAGAAUCAUCAGAAGAUUGCUAUCAAGCGCUUUUCUCGAAUGGCCUGGCCUGAUCCACAACAAUUCCUGGAAGAAGCAAGCUCGGUUGGUCAGUUACGCAGCAAAAGACUGGCCAAUUUACUUGGUUGUUGCUGUGAAGGCGGCGAGAGAUUACUUGUCGCCGAGUUUAUGCCUAAUGAGACACUAGCCAAGCACCUUUUCCACUGGGAAACACAGCCGAUGAAAUGGGCGAUGCGACUGAGAGUUGUUUUAUACCUUUCAGAAGCUCUCGAAUAUUGUAGUAACAAAGGACGCACACUGUAUCAUGAUCUCAAUGCGUACAGAGUUUUAUUUGACCAAGAAUGCAAUCCAAGACUUUCAACGUUCGGCUUGAUGAAGAAUAGCCAGGAUGGGAAGAGUUACAGCACAAAUCUUGCUUUUACCCCUCCCGAGUAUCUACGAACUGGGAGAAUCACGGCAGAGAGUGUGAUUUACAGCUUUGGUACUCUUCUGCUUGAUCUUCUCACUGGAAAGCAUAUUCCUCCUAGCCAUGCCCUUGAUUUGAUUCGAGAUAGAAAUCUUCAGACUCUAACCGAUUCAUGCUUGGAGGGACAAUUAUCCGACAGUGAUGGCACGGAGUUAGUACGCCUGGCAUCUCGUUGUCUUCAGUACGAAGCUAGUGAGCGACCAAACAUAAAAUCUUUGGUCACUGCACUAAUCUCUCUCCAGAAAGACACAGAGUUUCCAUCUCAUGUUCUAAUGGGUAUGCCUCAAAGUGGUACUCGUGUGUCACCUUUGUCUCCUUUUGGUGAGGCUUGUUCGAGAAAAGACCUGACCGCGAUGCUUGAAUUCUUGGAUAAAAUUGGAUACAAAGAUGAUGAAGACCUUUCGUUUUUCUGGACGUACCAGAUGCAUGAGGCUAUAAACUCGAAGAAAAAAGGUGAUAUUGCAUUUAGGCGGAAAGACUUCAAUGAAGCCAUUGAGUUUUACACGCAGUUUCUUGAUUUGGGAAUGAUCUCUGCAACAGUCUUUGUGCGGCGCAGUCUAAGUUACCUAAUGAGUAACAUGGCGAAAGAAGCUUUAGACGAUGCAAUGAAGGCUCAAGGCAUUUCUCCUGUGUGGCAUGUUGCAUUGUAUCUCCAGUCUGUUGCUCUAGCUGUCCUGGGGAUGGAGAAGGAAUCCCAAAUCGCACUUAUCGAAGGAUCCAAACUUGAAGCCAAAAAGAUCUCUGCUUCCACACAGAACUAG